AGACCUCUGUUGUCCACAUGGCAUGAAGCCACUUGUUGAGUUUGGAGUGAAUCCAUCUGUUUGUUUUAACAUCAUCUAUUGAUGCUGGUGAAAUAUUUAAGAGUGUUUGUGCUUUUUUUAAAAAAAAAAAACAUGUUCAGUAACAGAGGCUCAAACACAGGGGCUCCCACACAGUCGGGCUAAAACAAUAGAAAAGGGAAUGUUAAAUCAAGCGGCUCAUUACGCGCAUAAUGAUCUGUAUAGUCUUGUGACGUGGGGGUCUUGAUGAACUUUGCGCGUGGACUGCGUGUGUGACUGUCAUCCAAAGUUGUGAAGCGUCACAACUGACCGCCUGGCUGCCAGAUCAGGCUGCACUUCACUUCACAGUCACUGCAAAACCGCUCGAUCAGGUGGCUUCUGCUGCUGCUCCAACUUCAUCCCCAGGGACUCUUUACGCGUGGAUGUGGAUUAGUAGAGAGUGCGGGGGUCCAACUCCAACUGGCUGAUGCUCAACACCCUCCACGUGGUGGAGGACUGCCUUCUUUUUCCUUUACUCGACCUCCAGCCUGCAGCAGCAGCUCCACUAUCCGCCUGUCAAGCACACGAUGAGCUCCUCCAUCCCCAAAAGCGAGUCCACUACUUCUCUGCUGAGAUCUUCAGGGCUCAACCGCAGGUCAACGCACUCGAGCAGCGGUCCACAUCUGGAUCACCGUAGCAACCGGGCGGCUCAGCAUCAGCACCAUCCCCAUCAUCCCCAUCAUCCCACCACCGGCGCUAGAGGCAGCGAGGAGUACGCGGGCUGGACGGAGGACUGCGAGACGAGUGCGCGGAGACCUCUCUGCCAGCCGAGACACGCCGACUCUCGAGGUGAUCACCGGGUUUUGCAGAAGAGCCACUCUCAUCAGCACCGGCAGGCGAGCCUCCUCCUGGAUGAUGAGGAUGUGAGACAUGCGAGUAGGCAUCAGAAAGAGCGCACCAGGUCCAAACACUCCCAUCAUCAUCACCAUGACUCCUCUAGAGGUGAGCUGCCUCCAGCAGCGCAGCAUCAGCACCACCAUCACCACCACCACCAGCAGGACAGGAGGAGCUCUCUAACUCCAUCUCAUCCAAAACUGCCCACAGACGACGCGGCUUUCUUCUUCGAGCCCCGGGAGAGAGUCAUCAUCACCGGGUCAUCAUCCUCCAGCCUCAGCUCCGACCCGCCUGCGACCACCAGCAGCACCGCACCUGUCAAGCAUCCCGCAUCCAGCAGCCGAGGCGCAGCCAAGAGACUGCAGGGUGCAACCGGGUCUGAGCGUGACUCUAGUCUGCAUCCCAUUGUGAAGUCAGUCUUUGGGCAGGACCAAAAGAAGAACUACAAAGCAGUGCAGUCCUGUGAGGAGGGGGGAUCUGGGGGGGCCUAUCUUGAGCCGCUAGUGGCCCUGGCCCAGAACGGAGCCAACAUGCACAACGUGCUGGGGCCUGCGUGCAUCUUUCUACGCAAGGGCUUCGCUGAGAAUCGGCAGGCUGACCGAGAGUUGAGGCCCGAAGAAAUGGAUGAGUUGCGCGAGGCAUUCAGGGAGUUCGACAAAGACAAAGAUGGGUUUAUCGGCUGUAAGGACUUGGGGAACUGCAUGAGGACUAUGGGCUACAUGCCAACAGAGAUGGAGCUGAUAGAACUGAGCCAGCAGAUCAACAUGAACUUGGGAGGACAUGUUGACUUUGAGGACUUUGUUGAGCUCAUGGGGCCCAAACUUCUGGCUGAAACGGCCGACAUGAUCGGGGUGAAAGAGCUGAGGGAUGCGUUCAAGGAGUUUGACACUAAUGGCGAUGGUCAGAUCAGCACAGCAGAACUUAGAGAAGCAAUGAAAAAACUUUUAGGACAACAGGUCGGACACAGAGACCUGGAGGACAUCCUGCGAGACAUCGACCUCAACGGAGAUGGGCAUGUAGACUUUGAAGAGUUUGUGCGGAUGAUGUCUCGAUGAGUUCCUGACACGAGAGUCGACAUGUUAAAACGCGACAUGGAGUCACUGUUGAUGUGGGAGGAAGAGGAGAGAGACCGGCACAGAGUACCGAUGGAUCUUGAACUUCUGAACUGUCGAUGACCAAGAAAACAAAAAACAUAUCAACCCCGCCCUGAAACUGCCACGCUGAAGCACAAAGGCUGACGACUACAGCCAUGAGCAACACUGUUGAUCUAUUAUAUGCUGCUGCUGUUUCUUAACAGAAAACAAAACCAACAGCUGCAUUUAUUACUUUUACAAAGUAUAUUUUGAAAAAAAGCAUAUUUUCCUUUAGUACUAAUAUUUCUAAUGCUGAUGUGGCUGUUGACUCAGUGGGUAAAAGGGAUGUUUGAGUUAGUGCGCUCAAACACUAUGUUGAUAAAUGUAGCAAUUAAAAAGACAGCAGUAUGCCAGCAAACACCCAAACCAAUACAGCACAUUCCUCUCUAAAGCACAAAGGUAAUAUGGCAAUAUGGAAAUAUUUCAUGUGAUCCCGUCAAAGCUGUGCGUUUGUGUUUUGUGCAUACUGUUGUUUCUCUCCAUCAUAUACUGUAGGUUUAUUAUGUCCUGUAAGACAACCCUGGUUAAGGCAAGCCAAUAUUUGUUUUGUAAUGAUGUGUAAUGUAGCACUGAUGCAGUUCUUCAGACUUUGAUAACAUUAUGCCUAUCUUACUGUGAUAUAUAUGUCAUUUUCAGUGUGCAUAAUAAGACUCCUUCAACUGCAAAAAUCCCUGAAGGAACUUCUCUCUAGUUACAGUGACUUGCUAAUCUUAACUGCGAUAGAUACUUUUAAUAACAUGUAUUAAUUUUGAAUAUUGACGGAUCAUCUACACCUUAACUCAUAAUUGUAGGUGAUCAACGGAGCGUUAAAACUAUACAUGAAAGAGAGAUUCUGUUAAUGCUUUAAUUUGUAUCAGAGAGCUUUGAUAAAUGUAUUUGUUUAUUGGGGUUUUGUGAGUCAACGGGACAGUCCUGAAGUGAUUUUCACUUUGGCGCAAAUUUACCUUUAAUACCUCAAGAUGAAUUGAACAAUCAACCUCUUCCAUAAACUACCCCUAGCGUAAGCUCUAUUACCAAUUUCUUUACCCUCUUUUACCCUCAUUAUCUAUAUUUUUAAAGAAGCAGCAUUAGCCUCUUUAUGAAAAAAGCCAAAGAAAGUUUACAAAAACAUUAUUUGAGUCUUAUUCAGUGUAGUAGGUGUAUAUUUCUUUUAGAAAUAUGAUCCAUUGGAUUAUAUUUUCGAAAUGGCUGCUUGAAAUGUCCCUCCUGGUUCCUGGCAGCUAAGUUAUUGGUCGACUGUUCAUAACUUGGACAUGGGUUUAUGCAUGCUCUAAAGUUGAGAUAUUCUUCUAAAAGGGAAAUCUUACUUUGUAAUUUUACUUGUCUUAAGUGUGUAAAACUAUGCAUGCAAGAAACAACUGACAUUUGUAGCAAGAUCUAUAUAAAAUAAAGGUUUUUAUUGGAACUUGA